UCAAUGCUUCACAAGGACACUAGUUGGAUUUGGAUUAGCAGAGAUGAAGCAAAAGUCAACAGACAACAAGAGAUUGUUAUGACUUCGACGGGAACAAUCUCCGGUUCCAAUAAUAAUUCGCCUAUCUUUUCUUCUUCCGUGGCGAACUGUUCCGCGGCUUUGCACACCGAGCACUGUAUUGCUGUACGCCCACAUCAAUUUGGUGGGAGGCAGGGGAAUGCCACAGCCGUCUUGUCCGUCGGUGAAGCAGACAUGCUACUGUUACACUCCCCUUAUCACCAUGCUGCUAGCCCUGAUGAAAUGUAUACAAGCCAGGUGAAACGGUCGACACACUGUAUCAGUGAUUCUUUCAAAACGGAGACUCUGAAUCGGGCUCACCCUUCCGAUAACAUCUGGCCAAUAAUAGGGUGUGGCAUACAUGAGACUGAAGGAGCUCAAACUUUGGGAAACCACGGCAGACGGCACACAACAGGCGCAAUGACCCAGAGAAAUUAUCAAGGUCAGGAAUGUAGUAUUCGGAUAAUCUCCAACCCUAUUUCACAGCAGACUAACAGUGCCCACACAAAUCGUAAUCGACUACUUUUCAAGGGGUGUGAUAUUGAUACGCUAGCCACUUCAACCAAGUUCACUUGCCCAGUGCAGGGUGAGUUAUUAAUUGGCCCGGAGGUGGUCCAGUUGCAUCCGGGAUACUCAAGUGCCUCUAUCAGCAGACGUCGCAAGAAGGAUAGUACACAUAUUUGGACAUCGCAUACUGCAAGUCGGCACCCGCCUCCAACGCAUCCGGCACCUCCGAUACCCGCAGGUCAUUUAGAUGCUUAUCACCAUUACCAGAAAUCAGAUGCAUCGAUGUGUCGGAGCUGGAUUCAUGAAAAACCAAUUGAUCAACUUCCCUCAAAUCAAGUUGAUUAUAUAAGUGACCAGAUGAUUAAACCACGUGGGGUUCAGGAACAUCUGUGUACGGAGGAACACCUCCAAAAUUCUCUGAAGACUACAAUCUCCCCGUGGAAUAUACGCAGGGCAGAAAAGCUAAGCCAUAAGGCAACUACUGUCAACGAGACUGAUAAAGCUAGCUUCGGUGAAAGUAGUCUGGGGACCAGUGAUUAUGGCAGUUAUUUGCUAAAUGUAUGCGACUCAUUUGAAUCAAAAAUCUUUGAAAAGAAGGAAAAUUCCUGUGCUCCACAUCCACCCUUGAGAACAACAAGUCGCUCAUUGGCAUGUCGCACACUACAGUCUCGUCGUGCCGACAAACUACCCGCUGUAUGCGCUCAAAGACCGAUGAGUUUACCGCAG